CUGGAGAAAGUUAGAAUGGAUAGAGGCCAGCAUAUAUUGCUCCGAGGAAGCAAGGCCAACGGUGGUCUAGUUUAGGGUCCAGGGCAAUGGUCGUGUAUACCUUGGUACUAGACCUAUACCAAGCAAGGGCGUGAGACAGACCGCGGUCUUAUUGCUAUGGAGGCAGCUAAGGAUGAGGAUCUGGAGAAUCAAGUGAACAAUGAGGAAGCUGAAAGGCUAAAGAAAAGGCUGGAGUAUGAGGCGGCAGCAGAUGAGUGGAGUGCCUUGCCUGAGGUUCAGUGCAUGGAGGGCCAGGACACCGCUGAUGACAACCACUCUGCCUCGGCAUCGUGUGUCGAUUAUUCGGAGAUGUGGAUCUAUUUCAAGGAGAAGGAUCUGUCUGCACAUAUGACCAGCAUCCAGCCAACGUUGGAGAGAAAGGGAGGCUGCAGAUCAAUUCUCUGUAGGCUGCUGGGGCCGCCUCAGCUCGAUAAACGACUUGUACCAGAGAGAGACAGAAUAUUCGCCAUAGCUCAAUGCCAGCUGGAGAACGACGAGCCUCGCCAGAUCCACAUGCUGACCACCAUCUACAAGCGGUUGACGGCCUCCCGUCUCGAGUGCGCCAGAUUCGGACACCACUGGGAGAGCAUCGGCUUUCAGGGCAGUGACCCGGCCACGGACCUGCGCGGAGCCGGCUUGCUCAGCCUGCUGAACGCCCUGUUCCUGCUGAGCACGCUCCUCUACCGCCGGCUGGCGGCCGACGCGUACCGGCUGUCGCUGCACGAGCGCCAGAACUUUCCGUUCAUGGUGCUCUCCAUCAACAUCACGCGGCUUGCGCUGAACGCCCUGCGCCACGGCGUGCUCAACAGGGAGUGCAACCUCAGACUGGCUGUAAUGGAUGUACUCAACGAGUAUUACGUCUGCAUCAUGUGCGAGUUCUACCGGAUUUGGAAGGCUCAGGGAAGGACGAUUGCAGACAGUGGGAACGUUUUAAAGGAUUUGGAGCACCAGUCUCUUAACAAGUACAAGUUGCUCCGCGCCGGCCUGCGCAUGUACCUGAGCCAGACGAGGUCCCAGGAGCCGAGCCGCGGCCUACGGAGGGGCGGCGGCGACACCGCCUGAGCCAGCGGCCGGCCCUGUCCUGCCGCCGCCGCCCGGCCCCUGCCCUGGCCCCUGUCCCGCCGCUGGGGCUCCAGCUGGUCAGCCUGCGCUCUGCGGUAGUGUACACCUUGUGCCGUCGUCGGCCUUGCCGCUGUAAUGCCGGGCAGACGCACUGUGCUGUUGUUGGCGUUAUUCGCUCAGAUAUUGUUGUCACGGUGUAUGGAGUGCGGGCCGGCAGUUGCGGCCUCCCGAACGGCCGCAGCUAGUACGGCGUCAGCCAGUGUCCGGCGCAGACUCCAGCCCUGGCGAUGGCGAUGCCGGCGUAUCGGUGGCGUUCAGACGUCACCGCACAACGCUGCGCGCGGGAUCACAUUCCGUUUCACGGGUCAUGACGCCGUGACGGGUCGCGUGACAAUCGCUGAGGCUGGUCAGCACCCUCUGUUGGCGUGUCCUCGGGCUGACGCUCCUGUCAAGACAGUGCGGUUUGUGCUGUGUCAGUGUCAAUUUCCCAAGCGUGGCAACCUUUCUCACGGGUGAUCGCCAUACUCUGUUUUAUCUGGCUGGUUUCACUAGCGUUCAUGUGUUGUUUGAUCUCACAGAUUCGUAAUUCUUCUCUGCAGUAAUAGUUGUACCUCUGGUGUGAUGCGGUGGGACGACGAGGCCAUCUUCGUCGCCGGCUGUUAUAAACAAGCUAGUCAACGGAUGGAGUGCGUUUGAAUGUUUCGCUUCUGUUUAUUAGUGCCCUGGCCGGUUUGUGCGACCUUUGGCAACUGAGUGUUGUCAAUGGUGAUAAUGGUCGAAGAAAUCAAUCUGUGAUCCAGAAGUCAGAGAGGAGUCGUGGCAUAAGGCGGGGUUGUGGAGAGCACCAGCCAUAGUAUAGUGAAGGCACUCCUGCUAGGAAUUGUAAGGUAGUUCAGCAGUCGAGGUCAUCUAUGACGUGUUCGGGUGCAUGCCAAAAGUCAUGAUUAGCUCGCGAUGGUAUUGCACCGCACACGGUAUGAAACCAUUAGGUGUAUGUGUGCGUGCGUGUUCGCCUGUCCGUGUGUUUUCGUUUUUAUCGUUUAUCUUUACCUGGCGUGCGCGAAAUGUGUCAUCUGGCUAAUUUUUGUAGUGGACGUGCGUGUGUACGUUUUUGAUUUUUUCGUUUUGUUCUUUAUUUUUGUCUCACGUGCGCGAGAUGCAUCACCCUGCGAUUUGUUUUUUUUUUCAUGCACGUCCGCCGUCCACGAAUGGUUUCCAUGUGGUUAUGAAAUCAUUUCGGGACCGGGGCCUUGUAAAUGGGGUUGUCCUAAGAGCGCCGUCAAUCGUGUAUGCUGCCGAGCUCCCCAAGAUUGAUUGAGACGCCAGAAACUACACUGGAAAUAAGCCAGCCCAGUUACAUCCCGCAAACUUCAGACAUGCCCAGACGGAGUUUCACUCGACUAUUAUUUCAAAGCUUUGCUUAAAUUACUUAGCGGACCAAAACUGUCACGUCGGCCGUCUCAGGGCGCUGGCCGGGAUUUAUAGCAGGCACUGGCUGGCUUUGAUGCACAGCAGACACAUAUGAAGCCACUGGCUGGGUGCAGUACAUCGUCAGCAGUGCGUCUUCUCUCAUCGGAGGCCGUGGCACCAUUCCCUCCACCAUGCGGCCGUUGAUAUGAGCGAUGGCGGGAGGCGCUCAUAUUGUCCAAGGUACAGAACGUCUGAAGCUCAUAAUGUCCAUGGUGCGUAAUAUCCAAGAUGAUAAAUAACUUCCAAAAUGGGGCAGAGUGGAAGGCGUCCAUUUGUGGAGUGGAGGGCCGUCGGUCGCGCGCAUACAGUCGACGCCAGCGCGAACACUGCAAGCACGCGGUUGGUGGGUCGCAUAGCAACGGAGUAAUUUCCCACGCCGGGGUAGGGGUGGCGUCGGGUGCUGUUGGUCGGCGGGGCCGCGCUCGACCUGCAAGUGAUCGUUGAAUACGAGACGAGUGCCGUGAAGUGGGACGUUGGACGCGCGCUGAGGUGCUGUGAAAGCGUCGCAGCGUUGUCCUUAGCCGGCGUGGAACUUCUGUGUCUGGUCGGGGGCGUGUUCGCUGUUUGGUCAUAGCUAUAUGCAACUAGAACCUCUUGAUGCAACUGUUGUUUAUUCUAAGUGAUCGCUGUUAUGUUUUCACCACAAUUGCCGUACAGCGUCCAACGGAGUAAACCUUGCAAGAAAGGUGAAAGUAUGGGUAUCAAUAAUUUGUGCUUCCUAUCGGGUUGAUAAAGUUAUGACUGGUCUCUGGGUCAAAGGUGUAACGUUACAAAGCACGCUCCAUUACAAGUCAUAAGCUAUGGUUCAAUGAAUAGCCAUUUGUGGUCAAGAUACUGCGCAUGAUACUAUUUGGAACAAUUAACUGGUGCCUCAAGAGAUUGGUGGAGGCUUUUCAUUGAUGCGGAUUCCCCACAUCGAUUUCUUGGGUCUGACAGGGGCGGCGCCAAGAAAUGUAAGUUGAGGAAAGGCUUUUCCAGGGCCUUCCUGAACAAUACGGGGUCUGCUUUCAGGGGCGGGGUCUGACUUUUAGGCCGGGUCCUUUUGAAGCGUACACUGAGGCAUGUGACAUGUGAAUCCUCAUUAAACUGGGCCAUGCAUUAACAUUCAUGCAAAUCAAUGUCGACAAUAAAAAUCCAGAACAGGAGAGUGCGUGAAUGUCAUUGUGUUAAAGCCUAGUUUCAGUGCGUAAACGUGCCACCGGUCAAAGCGUGAACUAAGAACCGCGGAUGGGUGGCCAAACGCAUGAAAAUGCAUUCAAGGCGUCAAAACAUACAUGGUGUCCUCUGUGGCUGUCCAUCCACACCUCCGAGCCGGUAACUCAUAAAGCGACGAGGCAAUUUCGCUGCUGACAAAGCAGGCACGGUGAGCUUGUCUCCCGAACUGAGAAAGAUGACGACGAGAAGAACUAUGUUCGGAAGACUUAUGCCCGG